CUUUUAUCACUGAAACGAUUCCCUAUUUUCUCCUCUUCGGCUCGUUGAAGAACCAAUCUUGAACUGUGCUUAUUUUAUUCAAUUCGCCAAUCGACAGACCAUCACUUGCUUGCUUUCGCGCUCAGUCGUUUUCCAACCAGACAAUCGUAAAGAUGAGCGCCGCUGGUUACUACAACAACCAGGGCGGCCCGCCUCCUGGCCAGUACAACUCGCCUCCUCCGCCCCAGCAGGCAUACUAUCCACCCCAGGGCGGCCCUCCUCCUCAGGGCGGAUAUUACCAGCAGGGUCCCCAGAUGCAGUAUCAGCAGUACCCACCGCCUCAAGGCCAGCCGCAAAAACAGAGCGGCGGCGCUGGUAAAGGCUGUCUUGCUGGUCUCUUGGCGGCCUGUGCAUGCUGCAUGUGCUGUGAUUGCAUCGAGGACUGUUGCUCUUGCUUCUUGGAGUGUUAAAAUCCUGGUCUUGUCGACGGGAUGUUAUGAAGCGAUUAUAUGGUUGUUUUGUAUUUUGCACCUAUGAUUUGUGGUGUCUAAGCCACUUCUUCCGGUCUUGCCAACCUUGUAAUAACGUGAUGUACAUAAGGUUGGGCAAGGGGUUCUGGUUGGUAAAUGGUCAAAAUCCUCUCACAGGUUGUUAUACUAUUUGAUAGGUAUCCGUAUAUAAAUUACAUACCUGGAUAUUAUUGAUUG